CACAAUUUAAAUAAAAUUCUUCUAUUUUUAGUGCAUGGCAUUCCGUGAUAUCAACCCACAAGCACCUGUUCAUUUUCUAGUUAUUCCUAGGAAGAUCAUUCCUACAUUAAGUGAUGCCAGUGAAACUGAUACUGAGCUUUUAGGGCAUCUUCUGCAAGUUGCAAAAAAUAUUGCCAAAACUGAAAAUUUAUCAAAUGGAUAUCGAGUUGUAAUAAACAAUGGCAGAGAUGCUGCACAGUCAGUUUAUCACCUUCACAUCCAUAUUCUUGGUGGACGACAACUAGAUUGGCCACCAGGCUAAAAUGGCUGCUGAAGAAUUUAGAACAAUUAAUCUAUUCAAGUGAAUUAAUAAUUAGUCAUAUAAUUGACUUUAAUUACAUUUCAUAUUAAUUAUAAUGAAUCAAUCUGUAAAUGUAUUUGCUACUGAAAUGAUAUUUAUUUAAAGUUAUGUGAAGUGUAUUUGCAUUAUGUUAUAUAGUUAAAGAUUCUGAAUUGAUUAAAAUUGAUUUAUUUUCAACAUCCUUUUUCUUUCAAA